AUGGACCCAACUGCAGMACCACUCAAUCAGACCAAUUCUAACCUGUCUGACUCUGCCUGCAUUAAAAAUGACUGGGUGGACGGGCACAUGUACCCAGCAGCCUACUCCCUCUUCUUCAUCGUGGGCUUCCCGGCUAACUGCCUUUCUCUGUAUGUGGCCUGGAUGUUAAUGAGGAAAGGAAACAACUUGGCCGUGUACCUGGUGAAUCUGUCCAUCUCAGACCUCCUCUAUACGGUCUCCCUGCCUGUAUGGAUCGAGCUGGCCCUGGGUCGGCCCGUAGGGGACACCCUCUGUAGCCUGGUGUCUGUGGUGAUGUACAACAGCUUCUACAUCGGGUCUGGUCUCCUCUGCUGCAUCUCAGUGGAUCGCUACCUGGCCGUGGUCUAUCCUCUCUACUUCAACUGGGUGCGGCAGGUGCGUACUGCAGUGGCAGUUUGCGCUGCAUUGUGGUGUGUAGAACUGUCUAUCCACAUCUAUCUUCUUCACCAAACGGGGGCGCUGCAGGACUUCUCCUCCAGGCGGCUGUGUAAGGAGGGUAUGCCCAUGGCCCAGGCGGACGCCCACGUUGCUCUGACCCGGGUGGCUCUGGGGUUCCUGCUCCCCCUUCUCAUCAUGACCUUCUGCUUCCAUCAGAUUGUUUUGGCACUCCGCGACAGUGCCUCCUUGCUGGCCCGGGAGCGGAGGAAAGUCAGCCUCCUGUUGCUGCUCCUCCUGGUGACAUAUGUGGUGGCCUUCGCCCCCUUCCAGGCUGUUAUGUUCCUCAGAGGGGUGCUGGAGCCAGGGGAAUGUAGCAUGGCAGUGAAGCUCAGGGACCCAUACAUGGUGCUGGUUGCCUGGACGACACUCAACAGCAUGCUGGACCCUAUUUUCUACUGUCUCAUCAGUCAGAGUGCCAAGAACGAGAUGACUAAAGUGCUGCAAAGAUGCAAUAGAUGUAGCAGUCGGUUAAAGAAGUGCAAAAACAUUUACACAAUUACAUAA